AUGAAGACAGACUUCAAGUUCUCCAACCUUUUGGGGACGGUCUAUCGCAAAGGAAAUCUUCUCUUUACUCCCGAUGGAACAUGUUUGCUCUCACCCGUAGGCAAUCGAGUCUCAGUCUUUGAUCUGGUGCAAAAUACUUCAUACACUUUGCCCUUUUCGCACCGUACAAACAUCGACCGCCUCGACCUUUCGCCGAAGGGUAAUCUUUUGUUGACUGUGGACGAGAAUGGCCGCGCAAUUUUGACCAAUUUCCAACGGCGCAUCGCCAUUCACCACUUCUCAUUCAAGGGACGAGUGUCUGCGCUCAAGUUUUCCCCCUCCGGCCGACAUUUCGCCGUUGGUGUGGGACGGCGCCUGCAGAUUUGGCAGACACCCUCUACGCCCGGGACUGAAACCAAUGGCGAGAUUGAGUUCGCACCGUUCGUUCUACACCGGGAUCUUGCCGCGCACUUCGACGACAUCCAAAGUGUCGAGUGGUCUAGCGAUUCACGCUUCUUGCUCACCGCCGCUAAGGAUCUGACGGCGCGAGUAUGGAGUAUGGAUCCGGAAGAAGGCUUUGAGCCGACCACUUUGGCUGGACACAGACAGGGUGUUGUCGCAGCUUAUUUCAAUGCGACACAAGAAGUGAUUUAUACUGUCAGCCAGGAUGGUGCGCUUUUCCGCUGGGAAUAUGUCACAAAGAAAGACGAGGAAACGAUGGAAGAUAUUUCCGACGCUCGAUGGAGGAUUGUGAAGAAAGAUUUCUUCAUGCAGAAUGACGCCAAGGUCAAGUGUGCUGCGUUCCAUGCUGCAUCAAACCUCCUAGUGGUAGGAUUUUCCAACGGCCUCUUCGGACUCUACGACCUGCCAGAGUUCAACAUGAUCCACCUUCUGAGUGUCUCACAGAGCAACAUCGAUGUUGUGACGAUUAACAAAUCAGGUGAGUGGCUAGCAUUCGGAUCGUCGAAGCACGGUCAGCUGCUGGUGUGGGAAUGGCAGUCCGAGUCGUAUAUCCUCAAACAACAAGGACACCUUGAUUCUAUGAACGCACUGGCAUAUUCGCCGGACGGUCAAAGAAUCGUCACGGCUGCUGAUGACGGCAAAAUCAAGGUUUGGGAUGUCAAGUCGGGCUUCUGCAUUGUUACAUUCACCGAGCACACUAGUGGCGUGACCGCAUGUCAGUUCGCAAAGAAAGGAAAUGUGUUGUUCACAGCAUCUCUGGAUGGUUCCAUCCGAGCAUGGGAUCUCAUCCGUUACCGCAACUUCCGAACCUUCACAGCACCAUCCCGACUUUCGUUCUCCUCGUUGGCUGUGGAUCCCAGUGGAGAGGUGAUCUGUGCCGGUUCGCCGGACUCCUUCGACAUUCACGUGUGGUCCGUGCAGACUGGUCAAUUGCUUGACCAGCUCUCCGGCCACGAGGGUCCAGUCUCCAGCCUUGCUUUCGCUGCCGAUGGCAACCACCUUGUCAGUGGAAGUUGGGAUCACACAGUUCGCAUCUGGAGCAUCUUCGGACGGUCACAAACCAGCGAACCUCUCAAGCUUAUGUCAGAUAUUCUCAGUGUGGCUUUCCGCCCAGAUGGACAACAAGUUGCUGCCUCUACGCUAGAUGGUCAACUCUCCUUCUGGUCAGUUGAAGACGCCGUCCAGCAAGGUGGAGUCGAUGGUCGCCGUGACGUCUCUGGAGGACGUCGGGUGGCUGAUCGCCGUACUGCUGCCAAUGCCGCAGGCACCAAGUCUUUCAACAGAAUCACUUACAGCGCAGACGGUAGCUGCAUUCUGGCUGGCGGUAACAGCAAAUAUAUCUGUUUGUAUGAUGUUGGAACAGGUUCAUUGAUCAAGAAGUUCACCGUCUCCGUCAACACCUCGAUCGAUGGCACCCAGGAGUUCCUGACGAGUCGUGAUAUGACUGAAGCCGGUCCUCGUGCUCUUAUUGAUGAGACUGGUGAAGCUUCUGAUCGCGAGGAUCGUGCUGAUAACACCCUUCCCGGCGCGAAGCGCGGUGAUGCCGGUGCGCGCACGACACGCCCGGAAGUGCGCGUGACGUCUGUGGAUUUCGCACCGACUGGACGAGCAUUCUGCGCCGCAUCUACUGAAGGCCUGCUGGUCUACAGCUUGGAUACAGACUUUGUCUUUGAUCCCUAUGAUUUGGACAUUACAAUCACACCCUCGAGCAUUCUUGCCACCUUAGAUGCCGCCAAGGAAGCUGCCGUAUCCGACACCGUGGAUGAGGAAAACACUUUCCUCAAAGCUCUGAUCAUGGCCUUCCGAUUGAACGAACAAAAGUUACUCCGUGUCGUAUAUGAAGCAAUCCCUCCGUCAGAUAUUCCCCAUGUGGUUCGGUCCGUGCCCUCAGUCUAUCUACCUCGCCUUCUCCGAUUUGUUGCACAUGCCGCGGAAGAGACACCCCAUCUUGAGUUUAAUCUCAUGUGGAUUGAGUCUUUAUUCAGCAGCCACGGGCGAUACUUCAAGGAAAACACAGGUACCUUCGCAACUGAGCUCCGUGCUGUCCAGCGGGCUGUCGAUGAUAUCCGCGAGAACCUCAAGCGGUUGACCGAAAAGAACCUUUACGAUCUCAACUAUCUGCUUUCAAAGCCUGUCCUCGGAGACAAGAAGACAAGCAAAGCUCUGCUAGCCAUGGAAACCGAGGAUGCCGAGGUUGAUGAUCAGAUGGUCGAUGCUGACGAUGGAGAGGGUGAAUGGGUUGGCCUUGAAUGA